GGCGGAAGCGCGGCGGGCGCGGGGCCGGUGGCGCGGCGGGCGCGGCCGAUGGCGAGCGCCGAGCCCGAGCCCGAGGAUGGGGCCGAGGAUGCUUUCUACGAGCGCUUCGCCGACGAGCUGGAGGUGCUGGCCGAGCUGGGAGACGAGCCAUUCCCACCCACCGGCCCCAAAACAUCCCAGUUCCGGGGCAAGAGGCAGCCGCCGGAGGAGCCCGAUCCCCCCGGGGACUCUCCCGGCGGCACCGGCGCCAAGAAGAGGGACCGGGACUGUGUCCCCGCCGUGUCCCCGGCAGCAGCCGAACCCCGCACCCCCAGGCCGAAGCGGCAGCGCCUGGAAGCUGUUAAGAAGCUCGAUUUCGGUGCAGACGAGGAGCUGGCUCCGGAUGUCUCCUGGGAUGGUGGCCCAGAGGCGCCUCUGGCUCCCCACAGUACCAGCUCGAACCACCUGGAGAUGAGUGGAAUGAUCCCCCUGCAGACCACACCAGCCUUGGGAAAGAAGAGGGUCCUGAGGAGACCCCCCAUCCUGGAGGAUUACAUCAACGUGACAUCCACCCAGGGCACCAGGGUCUUCCUGGUGCUGAGGGAUGAUCCCUGCAGGACAGGGCUGGAGCUCCCGGAUUCCCUGGGCUGGAACGCCCGCAGGCCGCUCCACUUGCUGGGGGUGCCCUUCUCCCACCUGAAGGAGCAGGUGGAUGAGGAGCGUCGCAGGCAGGUUCUGGAGGCCUCCCAGCAGCUGACAGAGAUCAUAAACAGUUGCCUGGGGAGCGAGCCCAGCGCCGAGAGCCCGGAGCCCAGCAUGGACACAGCUCCAGCAGCUGAGGAGGAGCCUGCACCCCACUGCCUCUGGGUGGACAAGUUCACCCCCCGGCGCUACAUGGAGCUGCUCAGUGAUGAUUACACCAACCGCUGCCUGCUCAAGUGGCUCAAGCUGUGGGACACGGUGGUGUUUGGUAAGGACAAGGCUGGCAAGAAGCCCAAGCCCAGCCCUGCAGCUCAUCCCCCACUCAGCCAUCCCAAGGAACAUCCCCACAAGUGGAAAACCAAGGUCCAGCUCACCGAGGAGAUGCUGGAGGCCGAGCUGGACCAGCACAAGAGACCCAAAUACAAGGUGGCCCUGCUCUGUGGGCCCCCUGGCCUGGGCAAGACCACGCUGGCCCACGUCAUCGCCAGGCACGCGGGGUACAACGCUGUGGAGAUGAACGCCAGCAAUGACCGCAGCCCCGAGGUGUUCCAGACCCGCAUUGAAGCUGCCACCCAGAUGAGGUCGGUGCUGGGCUCCCACGAGAGGCCCAACUGCCUCAUCAUCGACGAGAUCGACGGCGCGCCCGCGGCCUCCAUCAAUGUCCUGCUGUCCAUCAUCCAGCGGAAGGACGGCGAGGGCGAGGCGGGCGCGGGGCGGCGGCGGCGGCGCGAGGGGGGGCUCCUGCUCCGGCCCAUCAUCUGCAUCUGCAAUGACCAGUUCGUGCCCGCGCUGCGCCCGCUCCGGCAGCAAUCCUUCCUGCUCAGCUUCCCCCGCACCGCGCCCUCCCGGCUGGCCCAGCGCCUCAGCGAGAUCGCGCUCCGGCAGGGAAUGCGGGCGGACACGGGCGCGCUGCUGGCGCUCUGCGAGAAAACCGACAGCGACAUCCGCUCCUGCAUCAACACCCUGCAGUUCCUGCACGGCCGAGGGCAGAAGGAGCUCAGUGUGCAGCUGGUGCAGACCAUGAGGAUCGGCCUGAAGGACCAGAACAAGGGGCUCUUCUCCAUCUGGCAGGAGAUCUUCCAGCUGCCCAGGCCCCAGAGGCACAGGAUAGGAAUGGACCCCUCUUUGCCAGCCCAGCUCCUGCUGGGGGACGAGGACCUGCCCCACGCUGGGGGCUCAGGGGGCUUCAAUUCCUCCUCCCAGCGCUUCCACCACAUCCUGCACCUCUCCACCUCCUCGGGAGAGCAGGAGAAGCUGGCCCAGGGCCUCUUUGAGAACUUCCUGAACAUGAAGGUGCGGGAUUCCAGCCUGGGCUCCGUGUGCCUGGCCCUGGAGUGGCUGGGCUUCUCUGACCUGCUGGGCCGGGCCGUGCUGCAGGCCCAGAGCUUCCAGCUGCUGCGUUACCUGCCCUUCCUGCCCGUGGCUUUCCACCUGCUCUUCGCCGCCACCUCCAUCCCCCGGCUGGCCUACCCCAGCAGCCAGCCCGAGGCCGUGGCCAGGCUGGGCCAGAUGCAGAACGUGCUGCUGUCCAUGGUGGCGGGGAUCGCGCCGGGCGCGCGCAGCCGCGCGGGGCAGCAGGCGCUGGUGCUGGACGUGCUGUGCCUGCUGCUGGACAUCAUCGCCCCCAAGCUGCGGCCCGUGAACACGCAGCUCUACAGCCUGAAGGAGAAGCAGCAGCUGGCUGAGCUCAUCAGCACCAUGCUCACCUACAACCUCACCUACCUGCAGGAGCGCCUGCCCGAGGGCCAGUACGUCUUCAAGCUGGACCCGGACGUGGAGGCCGUGUGCCGCUUCCCGGCGCUGCCGGCCCGCAGGCAGCUCAGCUACCAGGCCAAGCAGCUCAUCGCCAGGGAGAUCGAGCUGGAGAAGAUGAGGAGGGCAGAGGCACGGAGCCUGGCCCAGGAGCCCGGGAAUGGCCUCGGGGAGGAGCGAGGGGACACGGGGACCCCCAACCACCAGCAGCGCCUGGAGCACAUCGUGAGGAGAGCAGCUCUGCAGGACAAGCCUGAACUGGAUUUUUUUGGGAGGCCACUCCAGAGGAAAGAGGCAGCCAAGGCCCCGGCCCCUCAGGUUUCCAAGGAGGAAUCCCUGGAGCUGCAGCUGGGCAAGGCCGUGGGGAGGAGCGAUGUCUGGUUCCGCUUCAACGAGGGCUUCUCCAACGCUGUCAGGAGGAGCCUCUACAUCAGGGACCUGCUCUAGGGCUGCUCAGCUGAGCUGCAGCAGCCCGAGCUUCCCAGCCCCUGCCUGGGCUCUGAGGCCUUGAUUUUGGGCCGUCAUCUUUUUAUUACCCGCUUAUUUUUGUUUAAAAAAAGAAAUAAAAUGUAUAUAAAAAAUCA